AUGCUCAACUUUGGCAGAGAUCCAUGGAGCUUCUUUAGAGGUCAAGCAAAUUCUAAGAUCUUGGACAUGAUUACUAAGGAAGGAACCAGUGUUCAGGAUAUCUUAGAGGCUGAAGGACUUAAUGACAUUAAGAACCAAAAUGAAAAAGUGAUUAAAUUUUUUGAUCACGAUAAAUUAGCUGAGCUCAUUGAAUUGAUAACAGUUAUGCCUAGUGAGGAGGAUACUCAUGAUAGAUAGCACAAAUUUCCUUUUUAAGCUAACGAAAUAUUCGGGUUCGAAAUUAAUACUUUCCUAGAUAAAUUUUUUGAAGCUCCUGAGCCUAAGACACCCAAGGCUAAGACUUAAGAAGUAUCAAUAACAUUAGAUGAAGAGCAUAAGAAAGAAGAAAGUGACGAUGAAAUGCCAGGUUUAGAAGAUUAGGAUAAUAUUGAAGAUGAAUAAUAGGAAAAAAAGGAAAAAGUUAUUGCUUAAGAGAUGAAUAAUGACAAUUAAGUUAAGGAACCUGAGUCAGAGGAUUAAGUUGAAGAGGAUAAAAAAGAUAUAGAAGUAGAGUUAAAGGAUAUUAAGCCUAAUUAAUAGGAUUCAGAUUCAGAAACUCAAAAAAAUGAAGAUUUAUUUUAAUAAGAAAAUGUUCAAUAAAAUGUUGAAUAAAGUAUCAAUGGCUAAUUGGAGUAAACCACUGAUUAAUAAGAUUAGCCAAGCACUAUUUAAAUAGAUUUAGCUGAUGAAGAGGAAUAAACUAAAGAGGCUUUAGAUUAAGAGGAUAUUGACCUCAAAGAUACUACUAAGCUGUCAAUAAACUUAGAACCAGAGGAAGAAGAUGAUUUAGUCGCAGAUGAAAGAGAAAAAUAUCAUCUUCUUGACAAGCUCUUCAAGUUUAUUUAAACCAGGGAGACUCCUCUAAAUCCAGUGCUAUCAGGAUAUUUUGUAAACUUAGUAAACACUCUUUUUUUCAGAAGAAAUAAGUAAAUGAUUGUAUAUAUCUUUAGAGAUACUCCAAAAAUCAUAGAUGACAUGCUAUUCCACGCUUAUUAAAAAUCCAUCUCAGAUUUGCUUAAAAAGUUAAUGAUAGUUCCUACUGAUUUUGAGGCUGAGACUGCUGAGGCUAUAAAAAAUCAAUAAUCUUAUAUCAUGUCUAAACUAAUAGAAAAAUUAGGUGCUUAGCAUUCGGAUGAGGAAAAUCUUAAUGCCUGCCUGGUUAUUUACGACCUUAUUGAAUUGAAGGAACCAUACUAGUUGAUAAGUUUAAAAAUGCAUAUUAUGGAUAUUUUUGAUAGAGCUUUCCCAACUUACUCAGAAACCAAUUAAUCAAGUCAAUGUGCUGCAAUAAGCGUUUUGACAAAAAUAGUUAAACUUUUCCCUGAAAAUCAAAAGAGAGAUUAAAAAAGAAAGGCAAACCAUCAAAAGGAAGAGUUUUCAUUCUCACUAAAAACCCAGGACAGUGAUCUUGGAGAGAAUGAAGAUAUUUAGCCUUUGAUAAUUGUUUUACAAUAAAAUUAGAGUGUGAUCUUUGAAAGCCUUCUAACUGUUGAAGUGCCAAAUUUAGAAUUAUAAACUACUUUUGGUUAAAAUAUUAGACCAUUAGGAAGAUUAAGACUAAGAAUAGUUGAAUUUAUAAAGUAGUUAGUCAGCCUCAAUAACCCAAGUAUUCUAAAUAGUCUAGUUUAAUCAGAAAUACUAAGCAAUAUUAAUGACUUGUUUAUAAGUUAUCCCUGGAAUAACUUCCUUUAACUUUUUGUGUAAAAGAUAUAUGUUGAUCUCUUGGAAGUAUGCGAAGAUGAAGAGAUCAAAUAUAAAGGUCUAAAAAAUAGUAAGAUAGCAGAAAAACUUAUUAACAUUUAAUCUAAUACCAACUUCACACAUUAAAGUAAUAGGCAAGUUCGUUAGGGGUACAUGGCCUUAGUAAUACAAAUUGCAAAUCUAUUGGAUAAGCACAAAGAUGAUGAUGGAGUCAAAGAAUAUCUAGAAGAAAAUCAAGUUGCCUGGAGCAAAUUCAUGAAUGAAGAGGUAAAAGUCAGAAAUGAAUUGAAUUCCAGAAAACUUGGUAAUCUCAUAAGAAAGCAAUCUGAACCUGAGGAGCCUUCUGAUGAUGAUUAGGAUCUUUAAUUCGAUAUUCAUGAAACAAAUAAAAAGAAGGAGGAGAUAGUUUUAGGUGAUGGCAUUUAACCCUUGCUUAGUGAGCCAGAGGAACAUAAUGAAGAAAUAAAAGAUAAUAUAACUUCAAGUGAUACUUCAUAGGAAAAUUCAGAGAAAUUCUUCAGUUAACCAGUAAAUGGCAUUAUUGAAACUCAUGUAGAGGAAAUUAUUCAAUAAUAGAACCUCGAAAAGGAUUUCAUUGACCAAAAUUACUGGAAAAUUAAUAUUGUGCAAGAAGAUAGUCUUGAAGAUUUACUCAAGGAUUACGAAUGA